AUGGCAUAUAAGAUCAUCAUGAACAGGCUAUACGUUCCCAAAACAGCACCACCAAACGACAUGCUCCGGGCGACACUAGACACCCUUUUACCGAACCGCGCUCUGGAGAGGCAGACCCGCACGGACUGGACACGGAUACAGGAGAUCGAAGAAGUCACGGACGAAGAGAUCGAGCUCACCAUGAGGAAAAUCGCACCGAAUAAAGCGCCGGGUCCGGACAGGAUCCCGGGUAAGGUAGCCAAAUUCAUUCUGAAACAUUUCAGGAAAGAAUAUAAGGACGUUAUCCACGAAAUCCUCCGGGCCAGAGCUUUCCCGAAGUCCUGGAAAAAAGCUGACGUCGUCCUCAUCAAGAAACCAGGUAAACCACCCGAGCUACCGUACUCAUACAGACCGAUAUGUCUCCUGAGCACUCUCGGGAAGUCAUUAGAGAGCAUUCUGAACCAACGACUCUUGAGGGAAUUAGACGAGAAAUGCAUAAUCCACGACAAUCAGUACGGUUUUAGGAAAGGGAAAUAAACUAUCCAAGCGAUCAAGAAACUUACGGAACAGGUGGAGCACGAAUUCGGCAAGAGGAACCUGGCCUGCGGGAAGCUGGUCUUAGCUAUCCUAAUCGACGUAAAGAACGCCCUCAAUUCCCUGAGCUGGGCGGCGAUAAUGAGCAGCCUCAGAGAAAAUGAGAUCUCAGAACAUCUGAUCGCCUUACUCGAGAGCUAUUUCAGGGACAGAGAGAUAAGUAGCGGAGGCGUGAGGAGAGAGAUGUCGGCCGAUGUCCCUCAGGGCUCCAUUAUCGGUCCGACUCUCUGGAACCUCGCAUAUAACGGAAUUUUCAAAUUGCAGCUACCACAUGAAUGUGUGAUAAUCGGUUAUGCCGACGACAUCGUUGUCGUCGUCAGAGACACAGCCGAAAGCGUGAUCGAGCGGAGAGCUAACGAGUGCAUUAAACGAGUUGACGAGUAUAUGAAAUCACUAAGCCUAGAAAUUGCCCCUCAAAAGUCUGAGGCAAUAAUUUUCUCCAGAAAACGCCAGGUCGACCUCUUCCACCGAGGAAACAGGAUAAGAAUGAGCGACUCGGUCAAGUACCUAUGUAUCACGCUGGACAGGAAGCUCACGUUCGUCAAACACAUAACUCAGGCAUGCCAAAAGGCAGCCAGAGUCGCUAACAAUAUCAACAGAAUUCUCCCCAGAACCACGGACACCGAGGAGAGUAAGAGAAAACUCCUAGCGAGAGUGAGCGAGCAAAUCGUCUCCUACGGGGCACCACUCUGGGACGAGGCGUUGAGACUACGAAAGAUCAGAGACCUACUCACCAAGACUCAACGAGUAGCCGCCAUCAGGGUAAGCAGAGCAUAUAAAACGGUCUACACUCAAGGUAUCCUCGUCAUCGGACGGCUGAUCCCCUGGAAUAUCAAACUUGGACUAAGGAGAGACAUCAGAAACGGACUCCAGAGCGCGACGAACUUCGAAGAUGAGUGCAUUAUGAUAUGGCAGGAGAGCUGGGCCGAACCCUCGGCAGGUACUCGAGGAGCCCGUAUAAAAAAGCUAAUCCCAAAUAUUGCUAGUUGGUAUUACAGAGAUCACGGGGAACUUACAUAUGAGCUCACCCAAUUCGUAACAGGUCACGGUGCUUUCCGGGCUUUCCUGGAAAGAAUCGGCAAGGCUCAAUCAGAACAACUGGCAAAACUCGAGGUAGCCGACGACCCUAAGCCAGGGUCAGCUCCUCCAGUCUGCUCAACGUCGGAACCUGAGGGAAUACGUUCGCGAUUCACUCCUCCCAAACUACUGGAGGAUGGAUCGAACUAUCCCACAUGGAAAUCUCUGAUUCCCGUGACUCUCCAAACCGAACCCUACGCUUGGGAAGUUGUCGACUCACAACUGAAACCAAACCAUGGACAAAGCGAAAGCGACAAACAGCAACAGAAGCAUUUCACUCGCGGAAACAUCGCAGCCAGAUACAUUCUUUUGAAUGCACUCGACACCCCUCUCAUCGAAGGUCUCUUCAGUGAUGAUUCAACAACUGUGAGUGGCCCCACAAUCUGGAAAAGACUUGAAGAUCAUUUUCUUCAGAAAGAUGCAAGCAGGAAAAUUAUCGCUGUGCACAACUUCUUUGCGUUCCAAUACCGCGAUGACAAAACCGCGUAUGAUAACGUAACAGAAUUCAAAAGACUGAAGAAGGCGCUGGACGACGCCUCCGCGAAAAUGGACGAGGACAUCGUCAGCAUUACCCUGAUCAACAAGCUGCCUCCAGUUUACAGCUGGAUAAAACAAAAUUUCACGCAGCUAGACGCCUCAGGAAGAAAGCUGGCAGACAUCGCAAAACUCAUCCUGUCCGACUACGCGCGCAGAGAAUCCGAGAAAGCCACUCGUCAAACCUCCGAAAGGAACGGAGCAACUGCUCUCGUUGCGAGAUACAACCUCCGUCGCUUCUCAAGAAGCAACCAAGCUCCAACUCCUCAGCAGAAUUCAUCGAACCCAAACAACUUCAGCAGAUCGAUGCAAGAAAACAAGAAGACAACCCUCCGAUGCAAUUACUGCAAGAAACCUGGACAUCACAUCGGCCAAUGCCCAAGAGCCAAGGCUGGAAACAAGCCUCGAACGGAAUCUCACAACGUGGAGUGUCUCAUGACCGAAGUGAAGCACUCAAGCAGUCCAGAUUCGAGCGAAUCUGAUG